AGUCGGCGCCGGUCCGCGGUCGGUAGCGGCAGCGCGGAGCGAGAGCGAUCGGUGACCGCCGAGCGGGGCAGACGGAGCACGGCGCGUGCGUCUGUGUGAGCGGGGGAGGGAGAGCUUUGUGAGCGUGAGUGAGAAGAGGGUAGUGGUGCUGAACUGCGUGCAGUGGUUGCGUUCGCAGCCAUGUCCCGCACGGCGGCGCCGCCGCUGGACAAGACAGACAGCUUUGAGAAGCUGGACAAAUUCACCUCACUGGAGGUCAGCUUUCCACAGAGGCAGCUACUACGCCACAGCCGCAAGAGCAGCUUCCCCGCCGCCUUCCACUCAUCCGCGCAGGAGGUUCGCCCGCGGCGCAAGUCGAGCCACGUCGUUCCCUCCAGCGACCGAGUGGCAGUCCCUCGCUCCCGCAAGUUCAGCAAUGUCAGUGACGUGGUGGCUCGCAAACUAAGCACGACAAUCGGCUGGCGCACCCACAACAUCCAGGAGAUCGUGCACCAGUCCAAGAGCCUGGGCUCUCAGUACGUGCGGGCGCGUCUGAAGCGGAGCGGCGUGUUCCACAGGAAGCUGGGCCUGCAGCGGCUGAGCUCGCUGGCCAGUCUGCACGGCGGCGCCGAGAUCUGUGACGUGUUCAGAGAGAUGGUGCUGAUCGGGGUGGAGCUGGAGCGUAUGCACCCGUCUGUGUACACGGCCAUCUCGAGACAGGUGAACAUGGCCAUCACGUCGGACAAGACGGUGCGCGCCGUGGUGAACUCGGUGGCCGUGGAUCUGUUCCGAUCGGAGGUCACGUGGGGUCGCAUCAUAGCGCUCUACUCGGUGGCAGGAGGACUGGCCGUCGAGUGUGUCAAACUCGGUCACCCAGAGUACCUGCUGGGCCUGAUCGAGUCGCUGGGUAUGGUGGCAGAGAGGGACACCGGACAGUGGAUCGCCUCACAAGGAGGAUGGGGCGCCCUGCUGACGCGGUUCCGACCCCCGAACACGGACCCCUCAAUCGGCGGUAUUCUGGUGACGGGCGGCGCCGGGCUGCUGGCCGUCGCCAUCUUCCUCAUGGUACUCCUGAGGUCACUCGGCAGGGUCAUCAGUGAUCUGCGGGAAUCCACCAGCUGAGCGCGCCACUCGCGCACCAAUCGCGGCUCGCGAGACAGUGCGAAUGGCGCAGCUCGUCAAAGUGAUUGGGGACAAUAAAGAAGGGGCGAGAUGACCCCGACUCAGGCUGGUACGCGAACAUUGAGCUGGUGGGUAAGACUGGUCGAUUGCUGUGUUAUUUAUAGUGCGACGUGCGGUGCAAGGAUCGCGCCAUGUGAUGUUUGGUCUGCCAGUUACCAUAGCAACCAGAGACGCCCGCGGCGUGGAAUGUUCGCUGAUUGAUGUGCGAAGAUAUCACGCUAUUCUAAGACGGUAUUAAGACGUGAUAUCCAGUGGUAAUAGAGGUUAUAUCUGAAGGCCACGUCAUCGUAUUCAAUGCCGAGACCCUGAUAUUGGGUAAUGGAGGAUUGAUAUACCAUCAGAAUUAGGUUACAUGUGUGGGUCGAGGGCUGGAUUUGUAAGUCAGACAAAGAGACAGACUGAAAGAAGAUUAGCUUGAGCCAGCACGGGAUAUCAUCGUAAAUGGUUAUGUGCGUUUUCAAUUGUUAUGCGAAAUGUUUCAGUGGAUUAUGAGAGUGAAUUCUGACAACGUAUUGCGGCAAAUUUAUCCACAGCUUUGCGAUAAUGGAUUCUACGAUUUACUCUGCACUUGUAGCGUAUGAUGAAUGUGCUAUUUUAUUACAACUCAAGCCUCCUCAUUUUUGCAAGUGUUUAUCAAAGGUUAGAGUUUGUCUCUGUCUCGUCCCGUCUCCGUCCCGUCUCCGUCCCGUCUCCGUCCUCUCUC